UUUAGUGUCAAAUCCAUUUUCAUCAACGGAUCAUCAACAACUCAGCUCAGCUCAGCUCACGCCAAGUUUUUUUUAUAACAAACUCGCGCCCCCAUAUUUUGAAGGCGACGCACUGACUGUAAGUACGAACAGUGAGAAUGUGUUAAGGCAAAAGUGCAAGUGACGUGCGAAAAAGGAAAAAAGCCUAAUGCGAAUUUUGACUUCCAGUGCAAGUGGAAAUGUAUUUUUAAUCAUGGGCUGUCAUUUUUUAUAUUUUCCGAUAUGCGCAUGUUCCGAGAGAAAUUCGGUAUCCAGCAGCAGCAGAAGCAUAUAUCUUCGUUCGUUUGCCAACAUAUACGCGUGAUAUUAUUGCCAGUGUACACUUAGUGAUAACAAAUGUCGUUUAUCGUGUUGUAUUUCGUGAUUGCAAACAUUUCUUUUAUACUGCAAAUGCAAGAGUGAGCUGCAUAGGGAACAUCUUUCCACAAGUCCACAGUGCGUGCCAUGAAAAUCUGACCAAUAUGAAUCCUAAUGGAGGAUCACCAUAAACUUGUACUGUAUUAAGUUUGCAAAAAGUUGCAUGAGAUGAACUCCAAACUAAUUGACAGCAAACCGGCAUCGACCGAUAAAUUGCACGGGAAUAAAAAACUUUGCGAUCCCGUAAAUGGAUUCGUACCGUGCUCCAAUCAACAGAGCGUAGAUUCCAACUGUCCACUGAUGAAAUCGUCGGAAAUCAACGAGGGCAAUGUCGGUUCUACAAACGGCAACGUUGAUUCUAUAGUGUGCAGCAAACACAACAGCAAAUCAAUUGUUGUAAAUUAUGCAUCGGGGGCAAUGACCAAAACCACAAUACAACAUCAAUGCAUCGGCAAUACCUCUUCACCACAUGUACAAAUCUGGAGUGCAAAAUCGACCCGCUGCAAGAUUUGGCUAACCUUGCUCAGUGUCACACUUCUCGUAGUUGGACUGAUAGUCGGAUAUAUGGUUUCAUUUUUGCUAGGACAUUCCGGCAGGUGCGAACAUGGCAACAUGUUCCAUCCUAAAGACAGCCUUAGACGGGAAGUUUGUUUGUCCGAAGAAUGCGUGCGAACAGCGUCCUCCUUGCUGGCCGCGAUGGAUCAAUCCGUUGAUCCGUGCGUUGACUUUUUCCAGUUUGCUUGUGGAACGUGGAAUAAAAAACAUGUGAUACCAGAGGACAGAAGUUCAAUCAGCACCUUUGAGGUCCUUGCUGAUCAACAACAGAUGAUACUGAAAGGAGUACUGGAAGAAUCUAUAGAAUCUAGUGACAACGAGGCAACAAUCAAAGCUAAAAUGUUCUACAAGAGUUGCAUGGACUUGCAACAAAUACGCAAAAUUGGUAUCCGACCCCUGCGGUACGUGCUGAGCUUGCUGGGCGGUUGGCCAGUUAUAGAGCAAACCUGGACACCUCCCAAUACCAGUGUAGAACAUCUGCUAGGUGUGCUGAGAGGGGUCUACAGUGAACCGGUUCUAGUCGAGCUGUACGUCGGUGCCGACGAUAAAAACUCGUCUAAAAAUACUUUACAGAUCGAUCAACUUGUUCUGGCACUUCCCUCACGUGACUACUACCUAAAGGCGAGCAGCGAGGGUGACAUCAAAGCCUACCAUCGCUACAUGACACAGAUCGCGGUUCUCCUUGGCGGGGAUGCCACCAAAGCAUCCCGGGAGCUGAUGGACGUGGUGGACUUCGAAGUGCGCUUAGCGAAUGCAUCGCUACCGGAAGCGGAUCGACAUGAUACGAGUGCGAUUUAUAAGAAAAUUACCCUAGAACAACUGCAGCGUCAGGUGCCACAGAUUGAUUGGAGAGAAUACUUGCAAAUGACUCUGGGUGACGUUAAGCUUGAGGAAAACGAGGAAAUUGUGAGCUACGCGAUGCCAUACCUGGUAGAGAUGGGAAAAAUAUUGAACGAAACUAACAAGCGGAUUGUUCACAACUACGCGAUUUGGCGCUUCGUUAUGUCCAUCAUGACACAUAUGAUCGAUGACUACCAGAAAGAGAGGAUCGAGUUCAAGAAAAUAUUACUCGGCAUCCAGUCGGAGCGCCACCGGUGGUCACAGUGUGUCGAGUGGACCAACAAGAAGCUCGGAAUGGCAGUUGGGGCUCUGUUCAUUCGGGAAAAUUUCAACCACGAAAGCAAGGAAACUGCCUUAGAGAUGAUACGCACUAUCAGGGAAGCGUUCAAUGAACUGUUAGCCGAUAACCACUGGAUGGACGAUGAAACGCGAGCUGUUGCGAAGGAGAAAGCGGAUGCGAUGAAUGAGCGAAUUGGUUAUCCGGAGAUUUUGACGAAUGCCGCCGAGCUGGACAAGGAAUACGUCAAUUUAACAGUUUCGAAUGAUAAUUUUAUAAACAACAUCCUAAACAUUCUAAAGUGGGAAGCGGAACGUAACAUGCAACUGCUGAGAAAACCUGUAGAUAAGGAUAAAUGGACCACCGAACCGGCUGUAGUGAAUGCGUUUUAUAAUCCUAACAAGAAUGAUAUAGUCUUUCCAGCCGGAAUCCUACAGCCCCUGUUCUACAGCCAGCACUUCCCGAAGUCGCUCAACUAUGGCGGAAUCGGGGUCGUGAUAGGGCACGAAAUAACACACGGCUUCGACGAUAAAGGACGUCAGUUCGAUAAAGAUGGCAAUAUGAUGCAGUGGUGGAACAAUGUCACCAUAAAAGCAUUCCGCGAGCGUACGCAGUGCAUAAUAGAUCAGUAUUCCCGCUACAAAAUCAAUGAGGUUAAUCUUUACAUGAAUGGCCGGAUGACGCAAGGUGAGAACAUUGCGGACAACGGGGGAUUAAAGCAGUCUUUUCGGGCUUACCGGAAGUGGGUAAACAUGCAUGGCCCGGAACUGGAACUUCCGGGUAUGAAUAUGACGCAUGAUCAACUCUUCUUUCUGAAUUACGCCCAAAUUUGGUGCGGCUCUAUGCGGCCAGAGGAUGCUUUAACGAAAAUUCGGUCCUCAGUGCACUCGCCGGGUAUCGUCCGAGUUCUAGGGCCCCUGUCCAACUCGAACGACUUUGCAGAGGCAUAUAACUGCGCCCCAGGAUCUCCUAUGAACCCUGUUAAUAAAUGUAGUGUAUGGUAGAAAGAAAGUAAUGUAAUGAAACAAUUUUCCGUGCCUAAGAAUUAUAUUCAUAACCUAAUAUGAAAAAAAAACUAAACAUAAAGUUCCAGUAUUUGGUCACUACCCAACAACUGCACGCUUAACACAACUCGCUUGGGAAAGUAACUACUCAAUUAUUGACUAUUGAUUCAGACUAGGUUUAUAUCAGUUAGUACCAGUUAUUAACAACUGCCGAAAUUCUAUUGUGAACGUGAAUCAUAUGUUUACGGCAGACUUUGAAUUUUGAUACAAUUUUUUGCUUAGUCAAACGGCAUUUUGGUGCAUUUGUGAGUAGAUGUAAUGAAGAGUUGAAUAGAAAGUUAACUGGUUUCAACCGCGCUUUUUUGUUAAAACAGCACAUGAAUUGAUAUUAUGUAGUAUUUAUAAUAAAUAGUUCUAUACAUGUGAUCUAUUCGUACAAAACAAAACAAAAAAAUCCAUUCCCAGUUUUCUACAACUCCAAACAAACAAACAAACAUGUUAUGCAAUUCAUUGUUCCAGCAAAAUGAAAUAUAUCUCCCAACCAUUAAAAAAAAUGUGAUUCAAUUUAUGUACGGAAAACAUGCGAAUAAACUAA